UCCACUGACAGUUUUUUAUGAGCUCAGGAUAAAUUAUUGGAGGGGUUUUCUGUUCUCAACAUUUCAUCAAGUCAGUGUCACGCUGUGGAUCAAGACGCUUCAGGGAAAGGAGAAGUGAUUUCCAAACAGCUCACAGUUGGCCAACAGAAACCAGAGAUUUUAUGGAUCGAGAAAGUCACUCGGGUUCAGAAGAAGUUGGAGAACCAUCGGCCCUCGCCGGUCUGGCACUGCUGAGGCUGCAGAGUGCUGUCGUCACGGCGAUGUCACGUAUCCGUCAGAGAGUUGUGCAGGGCUUUGCUGUGUUCUCUGUCGUCUCGCUGCUCCUCUGGCUUGCUACCUUUUUAUAUGGGAGCUUCUACUACUCUUACAUGCCCAAGGCCACCUUUUCAGCACCUGUGCACUAUUACUACAGGACAAACUGUGAAUCUUCCACCUCUUUUCUGUGCUCUUAUCCAGUGGCCAACAUCUCUCUAAUGAGGAACAAGAAACAUGUUCUGACGUUUGGCCAGGCCUAUCGGAUCUCCCUGCAGCUGGAGAUGCCUGAGUCCCCGGCCAAUCAGGAGCUGGGGAUGUUCAUGAUCCGGACAACCUGUUUCUCUCGGGAUGGAGGCCACGUCGCCUCCUCUGCUCGCUCUGCAAGACAACUGCUGUCCGCCUCCAGCUCUCGCUUUAGCAUGCUGCGAUACCGCUCAAACCUGCUGAGGAACCUGGGAACAAUGCUGUUCCUCCCAGCCUUUUUGACCGGAGUCACCGAGCAGAAACAAGUGCUGGAGGUGGAGCUCUUCUCCGACUACACAGACGACCCCUACGCCCCCUCGGACACAGCUGUCAUCGAGAUCCUGUCCAGCAAGGUUCAGAUCUACUCGUCUGAGUUGUACAUUCACGCUCAUUUUACUGGCUUAAGAUACUUGUUGUUCUACUUCCCUGUCAUAUCAGCCCUGGUGGGCGUGUCCAGUAAUUUCAUCUUCCUCAGCGUCCUCUUCGUCUUCAGCUACAUGAGGCUGCUGCUGAGAAUUGAAUGGAAACCAGAGCAGAUCAGAGCAGAUGGACUGGAGUCAGAGAGGGAAAACAACCAGCAAGAGGAUGAAAGAGAUGUUGCAGCGGGUACGGCAGAGCUGCUGGGUCCUCUCCAGAUAACCCCCACAAACCUGAGCCGGGAGAGGCUCAGAGAGGCUUUGCACUUUGGCGACAGCACAGAGCUGCAGAACAGAAAUACACUUGGUCAGGUCGAAAUAAACGAAACAGAGGCAGCCUGAUCACAUUAAUAAAGGCGAGGGAGGGAGGAAGUGCAGAGGGCGAUCCUGAUAGCGAGGCGUGAUGGUGAAGAUUUAGGAGUGAUAUGUGGUUGAAAAUGACUCAGAGAGAGCCAUACUACACUGAGAGAUAUGCAGAGGAUUGACCUGAGCUGCUCUGUUUGAGCUGUUUGAUCUUUAAAAUAGCCAUUUCCACUUUACAUCAUGUGCCUGGAUCCUACUGGUAUUUUACCUUUCAAGUAAAACAUGUGAUUUACGAUUACGACAGCGACUGCCACAGCUGAAACCUCAUCACUCCAUACAAAUUUCUCACUGUCAGUUCCUUUUUGUUACACCUCAUAGCCCUGACCUGGUGUUUACUGGAGGCCCCAAGUGUUCAACAUUGAAAUAAAUACUGAUAUAAUUUUAAAUGCUCAGCUUAUUUGGUCUUUGUUGCAGGUCUUUUUCAUUCCAGCAGUUUUCAUUUCAAAACAUCCUUUCCAAAGUUUUUAUUUUGCAAUCAUAUUCUCACUAAUGACCCAUUUAAUUCAUAACAUUUUCAUCACAGUCUACGUCUGUCAGUAAAAGAGAAACAAGGCAGAGUCAGUUAUGUAAACCAGCUGUUGCUUUGUUCUGAGUGAGUGCACAGCCAGUUUGUCUCUGUCUUGUUUGUCUCACUUGACAAAGAGUUUUCAAAUAAAACACUCCCUGGUAAAAAUCGUUGUUGUGAAAUAAAAGCUGUUGAAUUACUUGGCCUGAAUAAACUCUAUUAAGCGAAACAGGAUAAAGGAACAUUUCUUGGUAAUGAGCUGAGUUUUAAAAGUGUAUCUAAUUAUGUCACAUUUUCAUGGUUAUUGUUGCGUCAUAUAUUUUAUCUGUAUUUAUAUAUAGCAAUAUUACUAUCAUGCUGCCUGAAAUGUCACUUUAAAAUGUAAAUGUUGUCUACUCACUUGUCAACUGACCAAAAUGUAAAAUCUUGAUUAAAGCAUGCGAGGCAAAAUCUGCAUCUUCUUUUAAGGUACAAAAAUAUCUUAAAUUGAUUGUGUUUUACGCCAAAAUGUGCAUUACUUACCUGCCUAUUCACAGUAAAGUAUACUCUGUUUACCUGCUGCAAUAAAGCCUUUUAAAGAUGUC